GCNUCAGGAUCCUCCUCAUGUCAAUGAAAAUGGCUCACUUCAUCUUCAUCGAGGUUUGGCGGAGAAGUUUCAAGCGGUGGCUAGUGGAGGGAUCAACAGCGCCAAACAAGCCCGCAAAAGUAAAGAGACCGAGAAAACACACUCUCAAGGAGAGAACUUACAGAAUGUCACCAGCUAUCCACAUUCCCUUGAGCGGUCACGCACGCUUCCAACAUCAGUAGAGUUUAAUAGUAGGAACUACCAAGAAGGAAAUAUGAAUACUCCCCCAGUUUCUGCUAUGAACAGAAGUAAGGAUUCAUCUCAAACUGAUGGCUCAGGUUUCUCUGCACAAAAUGCUUAUCCUUACUAUAUGCAUGGGGUCAUGAACCAAGUUAUGAUGCAAUCAGCAGCCAUGAUGCCUCAGUAUGGUCAUCAACUUCCUCAUUGCCCACCUAAUCAUCCGAACGGAAUGACGGGAUAUCCUUACUACCACCACCCACACCCAAUGAACACAUCAUUACAGCACAGUCAGAUGUCUUUACAGAAUGGUCAGAUGUCUAUGGUUCAUCAUUCUUGGUCACCGGCAGGAAAUCACUCUUCUAACGAGGUGAGGGUGAAUAAACUUGACAGAAGAGAGGAAGCUUUACUUAAAUUUAGAAGAAAAAGGAACCAAAGGUGUUUUGAUAAAAAGAUUAGGUAUGUGAAUAGGAAACGCCUUGCUGAGAGGAGACCACGUGUUAAGGGUCAGUUUGUUAGGAAGAUGAACGGCGUGAAUGUUGAUUUGAACGGGCAGCCUGACUCUGCUGACUAUGAUGAAGAGGAAGAGGAGGAAGAAGAAGAAGAAGAGGAGAACCGGGAUUCAUCUCCUCAGGAUGAUGCUCUGGGAACUUAGAAGAAACAUUAAAAGAACUGAAAACCAUGUUGUGUUAUACCGAUUUGCUUGCAUCUUAUCAAACAACACAUGAUGGUCGACUAACACAGAAAGGAUUCUGCUGCUGCAGCCAAAAAAACAUCGAAUUUCAAGCCUCUCGAAGGAAAUGUUGGCUCUUGCGGCUCAACUUUGUCAGAGCAUUCUGUGGGUGUAGCUUACUUCGUUGAUACAUAUAAUGUGUUUUUGUCAUGUUCACUCGUAUAUUGUGUAUUAACCUUUCUUCUCCUUCUGGCAUCAUCAUUUACUUGAAUAUUGUUUUUCCAUUGUUA